AUGCCAUUGAGCAAACCAAGGCCGUCUCCACGGUCAACUGCCACGAACAGUUUCAGCGACACCGCCGACAAAACAGGGACAAAAUUGACUGAUGAGAAUAAGGAUGCGCCGUCGCAAAAGCGACAUGAACGGCAAAAGUCCCGGGCACUACUACUACCCCAGAGCCUGAACGGCGCCACAUCUACUGCCACCACCAGCACAAUACCGGCCAAAUCUCCAAUUGCUGAUAGAUAUGCCCAAAACGAAAACGACGAGAACGAACCCAUUGACGAUUCUGGGGUCAUUGGUGCACCUGCACCAACCGGGGGUCGUUUUACAAGGCCAGACUAUCUACUCCAUGAUUUACUUACACGAGCCAAGAACCGUGUAAGAGAUCGAACUGGACGAGAGCGAGACAAGGAAAAGGAAAAGGGCAACGGAGAUGGCGAUCUUCUCUCAGGUCAUGCGAUUGCCGUUCAGGGCCCUGAAUUGGCCCCUCAAUGGGCUCAGUUCGGGGGCGCCUUUGACCGAUGUCCAACCAAAGCCUUCUCUUCCUCCCCGCAUUCUCCUCCGCCACGCGCCGCUCCUCCUGACCGAGGCUUCCGUCGUAAAGCCCCACCUCGAGCUUCUAUAGGUAGAUCUCAAGGUACUAAGACGUCUUCAUCGUCACAGUCGCCGUCACACUCACCACCACGGGCUCUCACUUCCCCGCGUUCACCACCAGACCAGAACAAGCCUCUUCCUCCUCCACCUCCUCUGCCGAACUCGGGUGCCUUGUCCGACAAGGAAAAUGCCACUUCUCCUCCGCCCAAGCCCGUCUUGAAGCUGAAGAGAAUCAUGUCUACUCUUACCGACUCAGAGAUCGAGAAGCUCUUCUCUGGAGCCCCCCAGUACUUUGCCCGUAGCGAGGGGCACUGUUCCGGCGCCCCCAAUCCCAGCGUCGCAUUUCCCUUUGAUGAGGCAUUGGAGAUUCGCGACCUCACUGAUCAUGUCCAAAUUGAAGAUAGAGCUUGGAGUGGCCUUACAGCGUGGCCUCAUCUAACUCGAGAUCUCAAUCAGGAUGCCGCUGCCCGGGCACAGGCCGUUGACUCUCGCAAGGCCCAUUUCUUCAUCCGCUGUCGGGAACGUCCCAACAUGCUGAGCAUGCAAGGUCUCGAGAAGGGUACCAUGGGCUUCUCAGCUGCCCUCGAACUCGCCGUUGGCGACGCCCUCGAAGAAGAGCAGUUCGGUUUUGACAGCGUUGGCAAAAAGGCCCAUGCCAUUGUUGAGGCACGUGAGCGCAUGCUUUCCUCUCUGGGCUACCUGCGUCGUCUCCCUGAGACAGAACUGCUGGACCGUCUCAAGCGAAACGCCGAGCUAUACCGGGUCAAUGAUCUGAGGAAGAAAACUUCCGUCCAGACUUAUCAGGAUCUCUUCCACACUUUUAUGCGGCCGUGCAAUUCCGUUGUCGAUAAGCGCGACCACUAUAGCUUGACCAACCAGAUUAAUGCCUUGAUCAAGUGUCUUGGCACCGCCAAUGUUUGGUUUGACUUCACCCAUGUCGAAUGGAGGAUCAGAUUGGGUCAGAUUCUUUGGGGAGGUGAAGACAAUGAUGAACUUGAGGAUACUUCUUCCAUCCACGACGCUAGUAGUGCCAGCGAACGGGCCGAGGAGAAGUAUUGGCUUCUCUUGCAGAUUCUUGUUGCGACCGAACUCCUCAUCCGCUUGGAUGCCAUCACCGAGGGUGAAGAAUAUGGAGUCGAAGCUUUCCGACCUGUAGAUGUUGUUCACUUCGAAAGAGCCGCCACUCCCAUGGUGAAGUGGUCGCUUCAUCUUGCCAGGAGCUGGCUCGACAAUAUCGAGAUUGAGAAAGUCAAGGAGGAUCCACCAAGCAACGCUUCCGAGACAAAGGGAACAGCUACUCCUCCACCUGCGACCGGCUGGCUAGGCGCACUCUUCAGUAAAUUUAUCGUCCGCCAACAUCAUGAAGACAAGACGACAGCAAGCCAUACCUACACUAUUAAAGGUCGCAACCCACAACAACAGGUCGAUGGGCUUACUCACUUUGCCAAGAAGCUACUCUGGCCCAACAUCGACACAUACGAGGGACUCAUCGCGAAGAACGCUCGCCAAUCGAUUAUUAAUUCCGUGCCGAAGCCUGCUCCUACGGUGGCCUCUGAGAGAUCAUCAAAGUCUUCUGAGUCGAACGGAUCUAAGCGGGGACUUUACUUUGGUGCCUGGGACCGUCCUGGUAGUCAGAAGGACAAGACUCGACCACAGCGAAGAAAGCUUGCAGCGGCACUUCACCCCUCCGGAUGGCUUUCGAAAUCAUAUAUCUAUGGUCUGGUACUCCCUGGAGAUGGAAUGUGCCAUUUCCUGAUGGCAACGCUUCUCGAGAACGAUAGCAAAGCCAUGGAGCGUUUGGGCUCGUUCGCUAAUCUGUGUGGGGGGUUUGUAUAUUCUGGCAAGAGCUUUUGGAGCACGUCAUGCAUCGUAGGCCGAGUUAUUGCAGCAGGUCAGGGAUCAGCCGAGUGUAUGGGAUGGGUUUCCAGCGACAUUCUUCCCCUGGGCAUAGAUGAAGGUUGGGUGAACAUUGAAGUAGAAGAAGUGGCUGAAGAGGACAAGGCCCACCUGGGCAAGAAAGCGAGACUUUGGGCAAAGAAGCGAGUUGAACGAGAAUCAUCCAUCCUCGGAGAUGCCGAUGAAUAUUCUGUGUUCCCUGCCGACUUUAUCAUUCCCCACGAGAACAACUACUCUACGCCGCCGCCGUUGAUCAGCGUUACUUUGCGAUCGCUUGAGCUUCUUUCUCCGGCCAACUCAAUUCAGUCCACGCCCUUCACUAAGCUGACACCCGGUGCGAGUGUGAACAACAAGGAACCUGAGUUGUUAUCAUUCCCAGCCAAUGUCAACUUUGCUGUGUCGAUUGACGGAUUUACGGCCGAGAACUUCUCAUUCUCCCUAUCCUAUGACAUUAACUUUGUCACGGCGCACCCCUGCUCGCCUUCUCAUCGUGUCCGAUUUGUUAAGUCGCCGUCAAGUCCGACAAUCCAGCAGAUCGAUGUGUCCGGGUCAGAUACAUUUGGGCAAGGUUCUCGGCCUGCUCAUAGAACAGGCCACCCAUUACACAAAUAUUAUAAUUACACGGUUAUUCAUAUUUCGGAGCUUCUAAAGCGGCAGCAUGCUCCCCUGUCGGAGCUUCUGGCUGUUCCUCCAACUCACCGUCGCUCUCCUUCACGCAUGGGCAGCGAACGAGUGCUUGUUAUUGAUUGUAUCACCAACUUGUCCGAGGUUCCUCAAUCUCCCACGAUUGAGAGACUUACCUCAAAGUAUAAUAUUGUUCAGCGAAGAGGUAGUUUCCCUGCUGCGGAACAGAUGCAUUUCGAGUCCAGAAAACGUCAGUUUGGCUCCGACAUGGAGAUCCUGGUUCGUGCUCUUUGCGCUCAAAAGGGCUGGAACGCCAUCAUCAGUCGACGAAAGCGAGGAUGUCUGGCUUGUGCUAUUCGUGAAGCUGGCGCAUUACAGUGGAAGGUCAUCAUUAGGGUGGACGCCACAACCCAACUCAAGCCUCCACCCCGAGACGACAGGUCGCGCGAGCUCAUCGCUGCAAAUAUGUCGCCUACCAAGGACCCCAGAAGAGCUGACCUGAUCGUCCCUUACCAAGAGCCCAAGGGCUCAGGUGACUCGACCGAUCUCUCCUCAACGAUGUCUACCACCCUGCCAAUGGCUGCUAUGUUUACGCGCAACAAAAUGGUUGGAUGGGCAUCGGUUGUUUUCUCUAUCCAGAGUUGGCUCGGCGAGAGCGAGGACUCGAAGAAGAACUCCACCACUCCUGGAUACUUCUCCGUUGGCAUGUCCAUUAUGGCUCUUGCUGUUACUUACCUCCCUAUGUUCCUCCCUCCCGUCGGUGGUAAGCAGGCCUCUGGCACCGAGGCCCCUGCUCCUGUCCCUCUGGCAUACGAUUCUACUGCUCUUCGAGACCUCGGCGCCAUGGUCAACGAACGGGCGCCUCCCAAGGUGCCUCUGAACUCCAUCAUUCCGAAUGGAGAAAACACAUCUCGCGAGUUGUCUCCCGACGAUGAUAUCACUGCCCUUGUCCGUGGUAUGAGCUCGCUCAAAGGCAAAGUUCGGGGAGACAUGAGCGACCCCUUCAAUCCCGCCGCCGCAACCAACACGCCCACAUUCGGUCAUCCUACCAAGAUGAUGUCCUCUCGUAAGCAGAGAGCAGACCCUUUCAUACGGCAGAAGACACGACCGGAACACCACCUCGAUAGUCGAAGCAGCAACAGCAACAGCAACAGCAACAGCAACAGCAACAGCAACAGCAACAGCAACAGCAACAACGGCGCUAAAAUCACAGGCCCUCGAGGCCCGGUUUACCAGGAUCGAAGACCACCACCAAUGCCCAUGUUCAGUUCAGGUGCACCCUCUGCACCACCAGUUGCAUCCUCAUAUGCGCCCGCAAGACAUUACGGCGAGGAGACUUUCUACACAGAUCCUGCCAAGGCGAGUGCUGAUUUGAAGGCUUUGCUCGAGGGUGGCAUGGAGGAGGGCGAAGAGGAGGGCGGGGAACAGAGCCAAGCUGAUGGCGAAAAGAAAUCAGAAGAUCCCAAGGAUCCCAAAGACGGUACAGUGGAUGGCCUCAAGGUCAAGCUACUACCUCACCAGGUCGAAGGAGUUGAGUGGAUGCGAGGGCGAGAACUUGGCCCUGUGAAGCGAGGAAAAGUCCCCAAAGGAGGCAUCCUCGCCGACGACAUGGGUCUUGGAAAGACUCUUCAGACCAUUUCACUCAUCCUCACCAACCAGAAGCCAGCCAAGGACGCUCCUGGAUGGAAGAAGCACUUUGAGAAGAUCGAAAAGACAACCUUGGUGGUGGCGCCACUUGCUUUGAUUCGACAAUGGGAACACGAAAUUAAUGAUAAAGUGGAAAAGACCCAUGGUCUCAAAGUCUGCGUACAUCAUGGACCGAACCGUACGAAGCGAUUUAAGGAGCUCGCUCUCUACGAUGUUGUCAUCACAACUUAUCAGAUCCUGGUUUCUGAACAUGGCAAUUCCUCAGAUGCCGAGAAUGGAUUGAAGGCAGGAUGCUUUGGCUUGCACUGGUGGCGAGUCGUUCUCGACGAAGCCCAUACAGUCAAGAAUCGCAAUGCAAAGGCAACCAAGGCCUGCUACGCCCUAAACUCCGAAUAUCGAUGGUGUCUAUCUGGUACGCCUAUGCAGAACAACCUCGACGAGCUCCAGUCCCUCGUCAAAUUUCUCCGCAUUCGACCCUACGACGAUCUCAAGGAGUGGAAAGAGCAUAUUGAUCUACCCCUGAAAAAUGGCCGCGGUCACAUCGCCAUCCGCAGACUGCACAGUCUUCUCCGAUGCUUCAUGAAGCGAAGAACCAAAGAAAUCCUCAAGGAAGCUGGAGCGCUUAACCCUGGUGGUAAGCCUUCCGCCGAGGGCGAGGGGUCCUCAACAGGCUUCAAGGUCACCGAGCGAAAGGUUGUUACUAUAUCGACUGCAUUGUCACCUGCAGAGCGCAAGUUCUACGAUCGGUUAGCUGCUCGAGCAGACCGAAGUAUCGAGCAGAUGAUGCAAGGCAAAGUCAACUAUGCUAACGCUUUGACUCUGCUACUCCGCCUACGCCAAGCCUGCAAUCAUCCCAAGCUGGUUGAGGGCAAGCUGGAGAAGGACAAAGACGCAAUGUCGACAGACGCUACCCAGAAGACCCAGGAUACGGACAUUGAUGCCAUGGCUGACAUGUUCGCCGGUAUGGGCAUCGUUUCCAAAGACUGUAAUAUUUGCGGGCGAGGCUUGAGUGCCGAAGACAACAAGUCAGGCAAAGACAUCUGCUCUGACUGCUACGAUGACCUAGCAUAUUUUAACAACCACGAAAGGCCAGAGCGGUCAGAGCGACCCAAGAAGCCCAAGAAGCCCAAGGAUAAGAGCAGGAAGAAGGACAAGAAGAAGGAAACUGUUGACGAAAAAGUCAUUGACAGGCAAAUUGUCGAGGUUGAUGACGAUGAAGAUGACGACGAGUCUCCUGAGAAGACUUCAGGGCGACCUCGUCACCGAAAUACGGUAGUUGACAGUGAUGAUGAGGACGCAGAGUCCCCAAAGAAGACAGCUCGCCAGCCUCGGAAUCGCAACGCCAUCGUUGACAGCGAUGAUGAGGAAGAAGAGGCCGAAGGCUCAUGGCUUGUACCCGAGGACCAGCAGGGCUCCAUACAUUUGGGUAAGGCUGGUGGUGAAGAAGAUGAGAAUGCUGAGGGCGGAGGCGACUGGAUUGGCUCCGAUGACUCAGAAGAUGAAGAGAGUAAGGUUGAGGACAAGAGCAACCUAAGCAGCUUCAUCGAAAACGACGAGAGCAAGGGGGACGUGGCUUCUGACUCUGAUGACUCUUUAGCGUCAUUGACAGAUAUCACAAAGCGCAUGGCUGCCCAGACGCUGGACGAUGGACCGCCUCACGCAGCUGACACCACAAACGCAGGCACAGAUGCUGAUACUACGGCGGCCGAUACCACCGCUGCUGAUACAACAGCUGUUUCUGGGUCCUCAGCUUCAGAUUCGGGAUCUGACUCUGGCUCUGACUCUGACUCUGACGAAUCAGAUGUCUCGUCUGAAGAAGACGACAGCAUUUUCUAUCCAUCCCGCGAUGCCAACUCCCCUCAAGUUCUUGCUUCUUCCAAGAUUCGAGAGCUCAUCAAGAUUCUUCAGGGUGAAGUCAAGGAACACAAGUUCAUUGUCUUCUCUCAGUUCACUUCGAUGCUUGAUCUCGUUGAGCCCUUCUUCCGCAAGGAACGAUUCCGCUUUGUCCGUUACGAUGGCAGCAUGAAGAACGAUCAACGCGAAGAAAGUCUGCGAAAGUUAAGGGGCGAUCCUCAGACCCGCAUCCUGCUGUGUAGUUUGAAGUGCGGUAGUUUAGGACUCAACCUCACGGCAGCGACCCGAGUUGUCAUCCUCGAGCCCUUCUGGAACCCAUUCGUCGAAGAACAGGCAAUUGAUCGUGUCCAUCGUCUGACCCAGACAGUCGAUGUGAUCAUUUACAAGCUCACAGUCGCUCAAACUGUCGAGGAACGUAUCCUUGAGCUACAGGAGAAGAAGCGCGAACUGGCUGAGCAGGCCAUCGAGGGUGGCAUGCGUAAGGAGGCUCUCAAGCUCGGUAUCAAUGAGAUCAUCAACCUCUUCAAGCCAGGAUCUUCGGAGAACCCAGUUGUUAUUGGCGCUGAUCCCUCCGCUGUCGGCAACGAGAGCUUUAAUGGCAACGAGCGUAGAACUGCGGCUUCAUCGCAGAGACGGCCUGGGCGGCCUAGAAAGGAAGAGAGUGAAGUGUAUGGUCGACGAUGGUGA